AUGUCGGAAGCGCCAGAAAUCUCCGCUAGCGCUAGCGACCCACCCAAGACCGACACCAAACGAUCCAGCACCUCGUUGACGCUGGAUGAGUACCUGAAAGGCAUCAUGCAGUUACAACAUCAGAGCAUUGAUCAAGCGAACGUCGAUCGCUCUGCACUCAUGGAGAGCCUGAAAUCCAAAUGGGAACUCCGCCAAGCCAACGCAGACCGUAUCGCAAAGCUAGAGGAAGCAAUCCUCCGGAUGGCGAUCAAAAACGAGUCGGAUACCCCAUCGACUCGGAUUGAGGCGGGCCGGAUUGACCUCCAACGCUUUCGAUCGUCGGAUGGCCCACUGUUUUCAGGACCGUUCCAGGAUGUCGAACGAUUCAUCACCUGGUUACGGAGCGUUCAGAUUUUUUUCGCCACAAAGGGCGUCACGCACGACGAUGACAAGAUCCAAGUCAUCGGGGGACUCAUCCGAGAAACCAACACGACCGCCUUCUACGCCAGCGGAUUCGAAACGUUUUUGGGCCAACCCUGGUCGGAGUUCAGAACCAAACUCAUCGCGUUUGCAUUGCCACCCAACUGGCGUACAACUCUACGGGGAAAAUUCAAGGAUCUCAGAAUGACUAAAUCAGACAUGCUUAACUUCGACCUCAAGAAGGAGGCGAUAUCCGACUUCGAUCUAGCCGAGUCGAUGACACUUGGAUCAAAUGACCUUUUACAGGCUGAAAUACACAACCACCAAACCCUCCUGCAGGACCCCUUCCUGUUCAGCACCUUCGAGAACAGAGCCAGUGGGUUCUGGGACGGUAUCGUUAAACGCUAUGCAAUAACGCUACAACCAAGAACCUAUCUUCCAUCGAGCUCAUUGACCGCGGGAUCGCAACCAAAAAGUCUACCUAAAGAAGAAUAUGUUUGGCGUAUUCACGCGUUCCUAGACUCUCAGGGCAGAUGCCACUUCUGCAAGAAACAGUGUGGCAGUGCCCCAGGUAAGUGCGCUGGUCCAAUUGAUAAAUCACCGAUUGAAAUCCCUCCGGCGUUCGUUGUCCCACCGAAACCAAGCGACUACAAACCCCCCAGACCAAGGGGACAGCCCUCGACCCUUGCAGGGAAACCAACGCAGCCCCCGGCGGGCCGACCUCCUAACAGGUCAGCUUCAGUAGCUGAAAUAGGCGAACACAACAUAUGCCCCGAUCUUGAUGCAGCCUCCGUCUCGGUGUUUGCCGCAAUCGACGAGGAACUCCAAUCAACAGCAGAGGAUGAGUAUGUGUCACCCGUUGUUCCUAGGCGACUUGUCAUCCGCCUUAAGGUCGGAGACCAUUACUUACAUGGAUUGGUUGAUACAGGGGCCGAGAUCAACCUAAUCAAUGAUCGGGUGGUACAAGACGCAGGAUUACCAAUUUUAGAUCUCCCGGUACUGACCCGAGUCAGCCUAGCGCUUAAUGAUGCAUCACGGACCCCACUAAUCCUUAAACAAUUUACGCGAGCGACAUUCACCGAUACGGGGUCCCAACUGCGAUUUGACAAUGUCGAGCUGAGCUUAGGUCCCAUCGCGGGAAACUACGACAUGAUAUUAGGAAUCCCCUUUUUAUCUCUUUUCAACCUCUCCGUUUCCAUCUCCCAACAAUGUAUAGCCACCCAUUAG